AUGACUCGAACCACUUUGCAUGUCGACACAAACACUCCUUCCGAGAACAGUGGUCAGCAUGUGGAUCAUCACCCAACGUUGAGAAAACAUGACGAUUCAAAACAUCAUUCCCGUGGAAUUUCAAAAGUGUUGAUGAGCCUAUGCAUCUCGUGUUGUUGUCCGUCCUUUCUCACUUCAAUGAUCAAGAGGCUUACCGAACCAUUCAUGAAUAUGAUAAAAAGUUAUUUAGGAAUUUUACAAACCGUACAAAGUCUGUUGAUCAAUAAUCCUCUAACUGAUUUUUUGAAAAAACACUUUUUUAAAAUUUUAGCAAUUUUGAUUUAUUUAUUUGUGGCGUUUGUACUUUCGACCUUGACAGCCAUGUUUGUGGUGAUGAUAGUACUGUUUUAUCGUCGUCCUCCCACGCAAUAUGAUCAUCCAUUAUUCUUUGUAAAGGAAGAUAAAUCACUCUAUGCCAAUGUCACACUUCUUCCGAAUGAUUCAUCACGAUCACUCAUCCAAUCUGGAUUAUUUAUUGACACAUUUAGAAUUAAGCUAAACCUACCCGAGUCAGUGGCAAACCGAAAAGUUGGAAUGUUUACAGUACACGCUGAUUUUUAUGACAGAAAUAAUGUGAGACUAUUUUCAACUUCUCGAAGUAGCAUGAUCAAAUAUAACUCAAAUAUUAUAAGAACUGUCAAAGAUUUGAUGAGUAUACCAUAUAUUAUAUUUGGAAAUGAAAAUGAACCUGAAAGACAAAUAUUGGAAAUGUUAACUGAAACACAACUACUCGAAUUUAAUCAUCGAGUAAUAUUACAGAAAGCUUCUCAUAUUCAUGUGUGGGUUGGAUCUCCUGAUGUACAAAUUUAUUCCGCAAGCAUUCAAAUGAUGGCUCAAGUCACUGGAAUAUGGUAUUACUUUUUCAACUAUCCUAUUACAAGCUUUUUCAUAUUAUUUCCUAUAUUUCUGAGCUUUAACAUAUUUGGUUGGAUCGUAUUUGGAUUGUUCCUUAUUUAUUUAAUUUUUAUUCGUUCGAACAAGAAUCAACAGUUGUAUGUUAGCCAAAAGCAACAUUUAAAACAUCAUUCAUCUUACGACAUGCCAACAAAGCCAUCCACACAUCAAGAAAAGAGAGUAGAGACUCCAUCAUCAUCAUUGGUAAAGCAACACACAAUUCAAGUGAGCCAUGCUGAUAUGCUGACUUCCUCAAGUGAUAGAGAUGAAGAAGAGGGACACAUCGAGUCUGAAGAUUCAAAAGCUCAACAAAAGAAACAUCAUGAUGAAACAGUAGUAGAUCAUACUACCCACAGUGUCUCUAGCAAUCAAAAACAACCUCAGAUGAGAAAACGAGUACCAAGAAAGAAAAAACAAAUUGAGUGA